CAACUGUCCGAUGACAGUUGACAGCUGCCAGCCGUUGGCGCUAGUUUCUGGUGUUUUCGUGUAAACCAGCAUAGUUUUGGUGUCUAAAAUGUGGUAUUUAACUAGUUCUCAAACAGGUCGUGUGUAUUACCUUGUUCCGCCAGGAAAAUCCCAUACUGUCGGCAGGUCGUGCUGUGAUUUAGUCAUCACCGGGGACGAUUCCAUCAGCCGCAAUCAUGCCGUACUGCAGUCGGAUGGGGAGAGUCUGAAGCUUUGCGAUACUUCCUCUCGUUACGGAACGUAUGUUAACGAAAAUAUUCCAACCGUGGUUCGCAUCGAGAAUGAUACCCCAAUGCAACUGGUCGCCGGCGACACGGUACAAUUUGGGCAGUGCGGGAACACAUGGGCGGUUGGCAAGGUUUUGUUUAAAUGUCUCACGUCCACCCUCAACAAGACGGAUGAGUUGUCUAAGCUGUUCGCCACUAUCGGGGCUCAAAUAUUUACUUCAUUCGCCGCCGACUUAACGCACCUUAUCAUGCCUACACUAACCGUUACCACGAAAUUAUUGCAAUCACUCAUCGGCCAGCUGCCUGUCGUAAGUCCAGCGUACUUUACUGCAAUCGAAACGAGCAUAAGGGAACGUAAGCCACUGCCGAACGUUGCCGACUACGUUCCGGAUUGUAACGAGAAGUACAUCAAAAACGUGCCCAAUCUAGUGCAUCCUGAUCCGAGACGUAGGAAACUGUUUGCAGGUAAAGAAUUCAUUUUCCUCGGCAGCGUGCAGUACAAACAGUUUGAAGAAAUCAUAAGGCUUGCAGGGGGUGUGAGCGUUUGUGCUCAGCGCGAAAGGAUAGCUAAAUCGCGUUUUAUAAAACCCCAUGUAGUUAUCAUCAAAACCAAACAGGGGAAUGCCUCGCAAUCACAAACUUACGAUACUAUAGCUGAGUACGUUUCGGGAAACGGAUGUCGCUUGGUACCGGAUAUGGAGAUUGGACUGGCCAUCUUGUUCGUCUCGACGGACAAGUACUGUAAUCCGUAUUAUAACUUCGCCAGGAAUGUGGAAGACUGUGACAUCGCCACAGCAUCAGCUGUUAAUAUGGUAGCAUUAGCUAAAAGCACCGAAGAUCACACGGCACCUUCAACAAGUCACAUGGGUACAGUAUGUACUAUUGCUGAGACUGAGCCACAUACAGAAGAGUCUGGUUGCCAGAAAAAUGUACUGCCAAAAUCGAUAGGCAUGGGCAUGGAUCCACCUACGUCUAUUGCUCUGCGACGUCAAUCAAAGCGACUUGCAACCGUUUCGAUGGAGAAAGAAGAGCAAAAUGCAUGCGUGGAACGAAUGAAUGAAGAUUUCGUAUUACCUGAACCUAAACGGCCAAAGAAGAAUAUAGCAUGUACCAGCACUUCUAAUUCAAAAUCAUUGGUAUCUGAUAUUGAGAAGCACAACCUUGCAUCAACGGUUGUACAGGAAGUUAUACCGCGAGCACAGCCAAAACCUAUCCCACCUUCUAUUCCAAAGGCAUCUAAACGUCGUGGAACAAUACAGACAUCCGGUUAUAUAGCCGUAAAUCGACAACCUAAAGAAUCCAACGUUACGGGUCAAACAAAAACCGCCCAAAACCGACGAAUGAAACACUUACUAUUACAAGUUGACGAGGAUGAUUUGUUUAAUUUCGAAGAUGUAGACAGAAAGAAAAAAGCACGGAUGGAUACCGCAGCUCCCAGUACUUCUAUUAGGUGUAACCAGAGAGAACGAGAUGGUAAAAAGACCACACAAUCGAAUGCACCAAACCAAAAUGUGGCAAUCAUAGAGGAAUUGUUUUCCUUCGACGAACAACAUGGAUCAGAUGCAGCAAAACGAUCUUUCAGUCGCGCUAAAACAGAUGCUAAUGUGUCUGCUAAUAGUGCUACAGAGAAUAAAAACACUAGCAACCAACAAAGACCUGGUAAAAAGAUCCAUCUCUCCAACAAAGGAUGGCUCUCUGUAUCUAUGGCACACUUGAAACUGGAGGAACAUGAAUCGGAUGGCUGUUCGAUGAAAAUCAAGCAGGAGAAACUUGACGAAACCGAGUCGCUUGACCAACAAUGGGUUCUAGAAAUGUGCAAUCGUUUGCAGGUUCAAGAGAUGAGCAUCAAGCAGAGUACUAAUCGACCUGCACCCGUUAAACAUGCUGCUAGCGAUGAUCAUUCCGGGAUUUUGAUACAUAAAGGAAGAAACUUCAAAGCGUUUGUUAAGAAACGUAACUACCAAUGCCACACGACACGCGUUCCGCUACGGUCGGUCUGUGUAGCUGAUGAAAGUCAGUCGUAAAUUGUAACGUCCUUAUUGAAUAAAUGGAUAAAAAUAACCUUUUAGCAUCCCCUA